AGAUAUGGCAUCGUCUACGAUACGGGGAUGGAGCCGAUGCUUGAAACCAUAAGAGCAUCUUACAAUAGAAGUCUGAUUCACACGCAGCUCAUUGAUGUGUCCAUGAGUGUGGACAAUAUAGCCGAACAACUUGAGUCUUUCAAAAUAAAAGACGUCAAAAUAGUCCGAGCUGUGAUGAUCGCUGGUCAUGGAAAAGUCAUUUGUGCCGCAUACAGAGCUGGCCUAAUGACUUCCGACUACGUGUGGUUCUCGAAUCAGUGGACGUGGGAGUUAAUUUUGGACUCUCUGCCAGACUAUUGCACCACUUCCGAAAUUUCGCGAAUCAAAUCCGAAAGCAACGGGCUCCUGUCAAUAACUUUGGACCCAUCUAGCAUAAAAGGAGUCGAUUCCGAUGUUGGAAUUACCUCAGAGCAGGUUUUCGAAGCAAUUCCAGAAGCAAAAUACUGGGAUUUGUAUGUAUACGACUGCUUUUGGAUAAUUGCGAAAUGCAUCGACAGUUUUAUAUCUGAGAAAACUACUCAGCAGAAACUGGAGUCUUUUAUGACAAAUGUGGACCGUGUUUCCUUUUACGGCGUCUCGGGUUUGGUUCGUUUCGAUGGACUUUUCUCGUCAACUUCUCAGUUGCAACUGCAGCAUUUGGUUGACUUUUCCGAAACUGUGAAAAUUUCACAAUUUUCAUCCGAAUCGUACGUCAGCAUUGAAACUAUUUAUUGGAAAUCAGGCGCUGUUCCGACAGAUUUCACACAAAAAACUGUUAUUCGGGUGAUCGAAAAAACGGUAACUGUCAAUAAAGUUGUUGCUUUGGUAUGUUGUACCUGCGCCGGACUUUGUAUUUUGCUUUGUAUAUGUAUCGCGGUUAUAAACUUCAUUUAUAAGAAUGAGCCUAUAAUCAAAAUUACUUCACCAAUUAUCAAUAACUUCAUACUUAUGGGGUCAGUUCUUCUCUUUUUGUGCGUCGUCGCAAUGUCAUCGACUGCAGCAACUAUUGACACUGACAUUUUUCUCGCGUCGUGUAACUUCUACUUGAUUUCAAUCAACCUCGGGUUUACGACUACUUUUGGCGCCCUUUUUGCCAAAACAUGGCGAGUUUACAAAGCAUUCACGCAGUUUCACGCUCAAAAGUUGAUCAUUAGUGAUCUUCAACUUGUUGUAACUAUUCUGAUUUUGAUCGGACUGGAUGCUAUUAUUUUGACUCUGGCGAUGAUUUUCGACCCUAUGGGGUACGAGCUGAUCCGAACCCACCGCAACACCGAGCUACUGAACGAGUUAACGGUGCAGCAUUAUCAUUACAACGCACUCAAGUGUACCAUGAAUAGCAGCGUUUUCUUCUACAUUUUUGGUGGAACGAAAGCUCUAAUUCUACUUUUCGGCGGUUUCCUCGCCUUUGAGACCCGCAAUGUUAACAUUGAAGCUUUAAACGACAGCAAGUCGAUCGCGAUUUGCAUGUACAAUUUCUUCAUAAGUACUUGCGUUGGAGUUGUGUUUAACUUCGUGCUGGAUUGGGAUCAGAACGAGACAUAUAUCUUGCUCGGACCUCUUAUUCUAAUUGUGGCUCUUUUUCCCAUUCUGGUGUUGUUCACACCGAGGCAUCUGAAGCUAGCAUUGCAACGACAACCAAUUCAAGUUAAUGUUCGGAACUCUGCGAUUGGAGCCAAUGCUAAAGUGGGUCAACACCAAGCCAAUUGAAAAUUAGCUUGCAUUUCAAAAGAGCAAUAUUAUUAGGAAAAGAAAUUAUCCAAAAAAAGCAUGCCAAUU